CUUCCACAAUCCCACUUGACUUUCUUUUCAACUGUCAUGGCUCGCGAUUCCUUUGGCGGCGCGCGUGGACGAGGGAGAGGUUCACGCUUUGGCACCCGUGGCAGCUCACACUAUCGAGGCGGACGUGGUCGAGGAAGAGGAAGGGGCCGAGGAGGCGCACCAGCGGACGCCCAGCCCCAGCGCGAAGAAGAUGGUACUCAGCUCGCGGAACGGUUUGAACAAGUGGAGUUGAACGACGAGGUUGACGAGAAGCUCGGGUUCGCGCGGGUUUUGGAGGGUUCAAGGAGAGAAGGAUGGUUGAUCAACAUGCACCCCACACUUGUCAAGGAUGCAGACUGGCCGUCGGGAAAGGCGGCCGUAGACUUCUACUUCAUUCAAGACGACGGAGGAAUGUUCAAGUGCACCCUUCAAUACGAACCAUACUUUUAUAUUGCCUGCAAGAGCGGCAUGGAGACGGUCAUUGAAGAGUGGUUGAUGAAGAAGUACGAGGCCUUCGUAUAUCGCAUCACUCGCGAGCGGAAAGAGGACUUGAGCCUGCCGAACCAUCUCAUGGGUCACCGCCGCCUGUACCUUCAGCUCCAUUUCCGGAACGUCUCCGACCUUCUCGCUGUAAGGCGAGACCUGAUGCCGCUCGCGCUGGCCAACAGCGCGAAACUCGAUGCCGUCGACGCUUACGCGGAGGUGGUGAACUCCACGGCGAACGCGACGACCUCGAUCGAGAUUGAGGGGGAGUGGGACGCCGACGCAGGCCCGUCUCGGGGUGGCCGUACAGGGCGUGACAAGGACCCGCGGGAGGGUAUUAUCGACAUUCGCGAGUUCGACGUGCCGUACUACUUGCGUGUGGCGAUGGACAACGAGAUGCGCGUUGGUCUGUGGUACGCGGUGACGUUCACGGCGGGGCAGCCGGCCUUCACGCAGCUUGUGGAGCGUGUCAAGCGUGCGGACCCCGUCGUCAUGGCGUUCGAUAUCGAGACGACGAAGGCGCCGCUCAAGUUCCCUGACCAACAAAUCGACCAGGUCAUGAUGAUCUCGUACAUGAUCGAUGGCCAGGGCUUUCUCAUCACGAAUCGCGAGAUCGUGAGCGAAGACAUCGAGGACUUCGAGUAUACGCCGAAGGAGGGGUAUGAAGGGCCGUUUACGAUAUUCAACGAGGCAGACGAGGCUGCAACCAUCCAGAGGUUCUUCUCGCAUGUGCAAGACGUGAAGCCGACGGUGAUGGCGACGUUCAACGGAGACUUCUUCGACUUUCCGUUCCUCUAUGCGCGUGCGAAGGUGCAUGGCAUCGACAUGUUCCUCGAGACGGGCUUUGGAAAGGAUUCGGAGGAUGAGUUCAAGAGUCGUUGCUGCGUCCACAUGGAUUGCUUCCGCUGGGUGACACGUGAUGGUGAGUGGUUCGGAUGAGAAGGGGUGCGGCGUGCGAGUGCGGCGUGGGGGCGGGGCGGGGAUCGUCGCAGGAGAAUGACGGCUGCUUACGACGCGGGGCGGG